UUAGCUUCAGCAAAAACAGGUGACUGGCGUGACGAGGAGCAUUAAGCAAAUUCAGUGUAUUAAUCAAGUAAUGAUUUACAUGCAACUGAAUCAGUAAAACAUUUCCUCUGUAUGCAGCAGACCUACCUAGACCAGACCUAAUACUGAGACAGCGUCUGCUGUACCAGGACCGCUUGAUAACCGAUGAGCACAACCAGUCCCAUCAGUCCCAAUUCAAAGCCGAACCUCGUUGUGACGCCCACAAAAGAGAAAGUGUUAACCAAGCAAGAACACCACUUCCUGCCUCACCCCACCUCUCAUCUAGUCAUCUCACUCUGGGUCAGUGUGGCACAGCCUGCGCUGCUUUUCUGAACAAACACUUCAGCCCUGCCAACACAGUGAGAGUGCUGGAGCAGCUACAUGAAUGAACCAUGACUGCUCUAAGGCAAAGAAAAGGGAGCAAGGGUAAAGAAGGCAGCCAGGAGCUCCAGAAGCCAGAGACCACACUGGAAACCAAACCUAGGAUUCCAGCUGGCAGUGUGCUGUGGAGUGUCUUAUGGUCAGUAGUUGGCGGACUAGUAGCAGUGUCCCUUGGUCUUCUAACUUGCAUUUAUGUAGCAACUUUACAUGAGAAUGACCUGUGGUUUUCCAAUAUCAAGGAAGUUGAGCAGGAAAUUUCCUUCCGAACUGAAUGUGGUCUGUACUAUUCGUAUUACAAACAGAUGCUGCAAGCUUCGUCUGUACAAGAAGGGUUGUUUGAACUAAUCAACGACAAUACCACGGAAUCCAAAAGAACUAUUAACCUUCUCCAGCGAAUGAACAUCUAUCAAGAAGUGUUUCUAGGUGUCCUUUACAGAAUCCUUCCUAUUCAGACGUCCUUGGAGCCUGUGUAUUUCUACAUCUACACUGUGUUCGGCCUCCAGACUGUGUAUGUUAUUGCGCUGUACGUCACCAGCUGGCUCCUGAGUGGAACCUGGCUGUCAGGAGCUCUCACUGCAGUAUGGUUCAUUCUGAACAGAAUAGAUACCACCCGUGUGGAGUUCACCAUUCCGCUUAGGGAGAACUGGUCUAUUCCGUUUUUAGCACUUCAAGUAGCUGCUAUUACUUACUACUUAAGGCCACAGUUGAAGCCACUGCAGCAGAAACUGGCCCUUUCACUGAUCUUCCUCUCAACUCUAACCUUUAGUUUGACCUGGCAGUUUAAUCAGUUCAUACUGCUAAUGCAAGCUCUUGCCCUCUUUGCACUGGAUUGCUUAGACCUGGUUUCAACAGGAAAGGUGACUUGUUUGUACCUGGUUCAGGUGAGCAGCUUGCUGCUGGUCUGGUUACUGCAAUUCUUCAACCCCAUGAUCCUGGGAUCAUUAGCACUAAGCUUCAUUGUAGCUGCUCUUACAGUAAACUUCUUCCAGAAAAACUUGAGAUCAGGAUGCUUCCUUACCAGGAUAGGCAAACUGAUCCUCCAUUUGAUUUUUGUGAUCAGUCUGACUAUUAUUAUGAACUAUUUAACAAAGAAAGCACUGCAGCUCAGAUCGGAUGAACACAUUUAUAAGUUCAUAAAGGCGAAGUUUGGGCUUGGAUCAACAAGAGAUUUUGAUGCCAACCUAUACCUUUGUGAGGAAGCCUUUGGGUUGCUGCCCUUUGACACAUUUGAGCGACUCUCAGACUCUUUAGUCUUAUACCCUUACAUAUGGGCUGUCUCCAUAAUGACGAUCGUAGCAACAGUUGCAGCUGUACGCAAUCUCAGUGAUUCCACAAACACUCCGUUCCCUAAUGGAAAGGAAGAAGAAACAUUUUUAAGGCCAGCCGUGGCCUAUAAUCUUUCACACACUGUGGUUUUUGGACUGUUAGCUUAUAGUACCAUGAGAAUGAAGUACUUGUGGGCUGGCCACAUGUGUGCUUUUGCUGCGUACGGAAUCUGUAGCGAUGAAGUGUGGAGACCGUUUCUUAAAGUGAUUCGCCUUCAUACAACAGCCAGGGAAAGGCUAAUUAGAUAUACUGUACCUGUUCUGCUCCUUGGUUUCCUUUACUACAAGUUCUCACCCAAACUCCUGGAAGAAAUGUCGGAACUCCGAGAAUUCUAUGACCCAGAUACAGUGGAUCUUAUGAACUGGAUUAGCACAAAAACCUCCAAGAAAGCAGUUUUUGCAGGAAGCAUGCAGCUUUUAGCAGGAGUCAAACUGUGUACCGGAAGAGUCUUAACAAAUCACCCCCACUAUGAGGACAAGAGUUUGAGAGAGCGCACCAGACAGGUCUACCAGAUCUAUGCUCGCCAGUCCCCUGAAGAUGUCCACAAGAUCCUGCGGUCCUUUGGCACAGACUAUGUAAUCCUUGAGGACAGUAUCUGCUAUGAGAGGAGACACAACCGAGGGUGUCGCUUGCGGGAUCUGCUUGAUGUAUCAAACGGCCAUAUUAUGGAUGGCCCAGGAGAGAACGAGGUUGAUUUGACUCCAUCCCCACACCCCCGGUUCUGUGAUGAAAUCAGAACAGAUCAGCCUCCGUACACUACAUACUUCACCCGUGUAUUCACAAAUAAAACAUUCCACGUUUACAAGCUGAAGAAAGGAAAGAAGAAAACAAAAUCAAACUAAAGAGCUUUUAAAAGAUUGUAGUCUUAGGUCCAGGUAGCCAUCAUAACAGCGAUCAACAUAUCUAAUGGCUUUUUAUUCAUGCAGUGCUGAGAUAGGGCUUUUGUGACAGGUGCACUGUGUAUUGGAUUCCAUAUGCUCAAUUUACAUAAGUCUUUUGUGCGCAAACUGUUAUAAUAUCUGACUGAUCAGAACAUUUUUGUAGAACUGUGUCAGAAGGAAGCCCAUAAAAAGCAUAAACUCAGGAUCAACGCCACCAGCAUUCUUGUCAUGAGUAGAGUAAUGAAUGUUGAAGUGCAUUCGCUUUUGGAUUGCAUGCAUUUUUUUUUAAAAUCUUGAGACUGCUGUAAUUGUAAUCUAAUUUGAUCCAUAAAUCAUGUUAUCCUGUAUGCUCAAGAAAACACUGUGCAUCCACUUUAAGUCUUUUUUAGUAAUAUUUUUAGUAGAGGUUAAAAAAUAAAACAGCAUUAAGGUGAAACAUGCAUGCUUUCUUAUAAUGCUAUUCAUGUUGGCCCAGAAAUUGACAUUUUUACACAUUUUAUUUUUUAUUUGAGUUACUGUAGGUGCUCAGCUGUUUGUUUUUCAGAUUGAUUCAGUCCUUUCUUUGUUGAAAACAAGCACAUCUACAAUACUGACUCUUCAAAAAGAUGUGCAAGGGUAAAUGUUAGUUGCUGGUCUCCUAGCAGUUGUAAGAUUAUUAAAGCAAUACAAAUCUAAUUGUAAGAUCGACAGGAAAUUAACUUUCUAUUCCUCAGUGCUUUUAUUUUGUGUUAUUUUGCUUUCUUGUCAGUGAGUUUCUCCCCAUGAGAAAAUGGGAGUUACAUAUUUAAUGUCAUUCAUCCUAGUCACUACUGGUCUUGCAUGAGUAUUUGUUAGAAUUAUACUUUCUAUAAAAAUGCUGAAAAAAGCAACCAAAUGUAUGGAACAUGUGGUUUCAGGCUGAAACAAGCCUUCAAAUGUAUGUCUGGAUGUAAAGUUAUCUUUCCACAUCGUUAGUGUUACUAAUUUUAGACGUCAAGGUUCUUCCACUAGAACUGUUUUUUGCCUCUUAAAACCAUAAGACAUUGCUUGGUGUGUAUGGAACUAGUGCCAUACAGGAAGCUUGUUUGUGUUCACCAGUGUAUUUUUUGUUUGUUUGUUUUUGUUGUGUUUUAUAAAUAACAGUAACAUUGACAGUCAUUUCUUUAGUAGUUGAUGAUAUGCAGCAUACAGCUUUUGAACCAAUCUUUUACAUUAUUCUCUGAAAACCAGCUUUUCGGAGCACACACUUUUUGGCCUUCCCUGUAGAUGCAAAGCCAGUUGCUACUUUAUAAAUGUACAUUUUGAUUGGGCUGCUCCCUAAGUAGGUAUUUCUUGCACCCUGUGACUAGUUAAGCUUCAACUAGCUUCGGAGUCAGGACCCAUAGCUCAAGCUAUUUAGGUUAGCAUCACAUUGGUUUUGUUUUUUGAAUGACAUUUGUAGCACUAUUAGACAAUAAAGAACCUAUUCCAUUGUGCCUUAAUGUAUUGAAGUUUCACAAAAGUGUUCACAUAAAUAGGUAGAAACACCAUUCAAUUUUAAACUCUAUUAACUGGUAUUAUUCCCUAGCAUUGAGUCAAACAAUCCAUAUGUAUGAUCUCAGAAUUCAAAGUUCUUACCUGCGUGUGCUGCAUACAUUAUACUCCAUAAUUUGCACUAGCACUACUAAAGUAUUUUAAUUAAAAAAAAAAAUGUAACUUUUUUGUAAUCUGUAUUGUUUCAUGUAGAAAAAUCCCAAGUAAGUGCAUCAUUGUGCUCACUCAAAAAGUGCAAUAUAUGCCUGUGUUUGGGAUAUAGUUUUUUGUAAAAACAAAUAAAAAAAAUCCUAAUU